CCACCUGAUAGAAUUUGAUAAUCAAAGUAAAGAAAAAUUUAGAUAAAAUCCAUUUGAUUAUUAAUAUUGAUUCCAUUUCAUUUAUAUUCAUCAAGAAAGAGUUGAAACCAAUUCAGUUGAUCAGAAUUUUCAUCAUCACCUCAAAGAUGAACAAUCAGAACUUUUAUCUGAUGUAAUCAUCGUUCUAACUGAUUCAAGGUGAAAAAAACGACAAUUACAAUUUAAUCUGAUUGUUUUCACAUCAUAAAGUUCACUUAAUUUAAAUUCGAUCCAUGAAAACACCGAUUGCAUCACCGAUUGUUGAUGAUUGUGAAAAGAUAAUCACGUGACUUUCACAUAUGAUUUUCUGUUUACAUUUAAGCUUUUCCACUGAUUCAAUUUCAACCACUUCUCAAUCUUAAUCAUUUCAUUUUAUCUUCUUUUUAAUUGUUUUUUUUUGUUUUCUUUUCAAAUGGAUCAAUUGGAUCGAGUUCCUUGUAUUCAAGUCAAUUCAAGCAACAUUGAUCUUUGUUGGUCUCAUCUCAUCAAAGCCAUUGAACAAUCUCACUUUGUGGCGAUCGAUUUGGAACUUAGUGGUUUAGGCGAUAAAAAGAAACUAAUCCUCAAAGAUAUUGAAGAUCGAUUCCAAGCAAUCGGAGAGGUGGCCAAAACCCGAAGUAUCUUAUCUGUUGGCCUGUCAUUUUUCCGAUACAAUCGUAGGCGUGCUGACAAUUCAAUCAAAAUUCCCGAAGAAAUUGAACUCAAUGAAUGGAAUUUCAAAGUUUCCAAUUACGAGAUACUAACUUUGUGUAAUGAAGAAAGUGUCCUAGAAGAUGAAUCAAGGUCAUUCCUCGUCUCUCACGGAUUCGAUUUCCAAUUACAACAGUCAUCCGGUCUUCCAUAUUUAAGAGGUCAACAGGAAUCAGAUUCUGACACUCACUCAAUAAGGAAUCUUUUCAAAGCAUUGAUCUCCAAAAAAGUGCCGUUGGUAUUUCACAACGGACUGCUUGACCUCAUCUUCAUCUAUCACAAUUUCCUGACAUCUCUACCACCUAAAUUGACCUCAUUUGUCGCCGAUCUUGAUAAACUUUUUCCAAAAGGAAUAUUCGACACCAAGUAUAUUGCAGAACACGGAUUUUGCCCUAAAGGCUCUUAUUUGGAAUAUCUUUUCUAUCAAAGGCAACGUCGUAAUCUUGAGAGAUUUGUAUCGAACAAGUGUUUCAUCGCUAUCGAUUUUACUCCAACCGAUUCGGUUUCGAGCUAUACUGUCCAUCGAUCUAUGAAAACUACUAUUCUUGGAGAAAAGCCUGAUGGACUUAAAAUCUGUGGCGAUUAUCGGCAACAUGGUUGGUGUAAAGAUGGAGCGGAAUGUAAAAGAUCUCAUGAUAUCGAUUUUAUCUUAGACGAUGAGGAUAUUUACAAAGAACCGAGUAAAAGUCGUAAAAGAAUAUUGCUCAAAAUGAGUUCCAUAUCAAAUUCCAAAGAAAUACCGGCCACCAAUGGUUCGAACGAGGAAACUUCGGAACAUAUAAAUGGUCAAGUAAAAUCAGGGAUCCAUCGGUCAGGUUACGACGCUUUUAUGACCGGAUAUUGUUUAGCAACUUUUAUCAUUCAACUUUCGAAGCCUAAACCUGGUAAAAGCGGAAGACUUAAUUUCUCAACAAGUGACAUCAAAAAGAUCACCAACAAAAUCUUUCUGACGGGUAAAAAGGAUCCGUUGCUCAUUCGUUUUAGUACAUAUUCGAAACCAAGUUCGAGAAUAACUAAUAUUUUGUCCGUGAUUAAUAAAGAGGAACCAGAGGAAGAAAACAAAUUAGAUGAAAAUUCACUGGAAGAUAAAGAGAUCGAAUCUUCAACUUCAUCCAAUGAGGAAAACAAGUCUUAAGAUUUUGAUUGAAAACGGACAAUAAGAGUGACCUCGAGUGAUCUUUUGAAAUUCAGAUCAAAUCUCUUAAUCUUAAAUCAAUCAACUGAAAUGUUCUGAGAAUUGUUUUCCACCGUCAAUUCUUGUUUAUUACAUUCUAUUCUUAUAUCAUGGAAAAUUUUCUACAUUAAACAUAAAUAAAUAAUGAAGAAAUAAGUUCAA